CUGACAUGAUGGAGCAUCCACCAGCACAAACUGACAGACACAGAAACAUUUUUUGAGGAACAUAAUUCUUUAUCAUACUUUCAUGCAACCUAAUGCAUUUUACCGACAGUCUCACCAACUUAACUAUAACGUUAUUGUAUUUGGUCGGAUUUUAACCUCUAGGAUCUGGCUACAUUUGCACUUCGUCUUUUUUAAAUCUUUAAUUAAGAUAGAUACGGCACUCCUCAAUUUCACACAAAUCUUGCUUGCCAAUGUAAAGGUAACGGUAUCGAACAUGAGACGUUUGUUUACAGUCUGAGCCGCAGGAUUGCUAACGUUAGCAGGGGGCGGCUAGCUUCUUAGCUAGCUUCCUAGCCAGCUAACUACCUUUUUGUAGUGCUUUCCGAUCCACUGUCGCACCACCUCCAGCUGGGCUAAAGUAUCCGGACUCUCCCAGAACCUAGCGGACGGACUGCUGUCUUUUUUACGUUGUGCGGAUGUUCCGGAGUUUGCUUGGCUUGCCCCGAGAAUCCCGAGGCUCUGAGAUCCUAUGGGUGUCCAGGGUCUGACCACCUAUGUGGAGGGGAACAGAAACUUUCUACAAGAUGUGAAGUUCAGGGACAGUCGCCUGGUUAUUGAUGGCUGCAGUCUGUAUUUCCGUCUCUAUUUUACCCACGGUUUGGACCAGCAGCAUGGAGGGGACUAUGAUGCUUUCACUUGCCUGCUCAACCAGUUCCUCUCUGCGUUGGCAGCCUGUAACAUCCAGCCAUAUGUGGUACUGGAUGGAGGGAUUGAUCCCAGUGACAAGAAGUUUCCCACCCUGCGGCAGCGUCUGCAGUCCAAGAUAAGGGAGGCGGACAGUCUCUCUCGCGGCUGCAAUGGCUCUGUUCUCCCCAUCCUCACAAGGGACGUUUUCAUUCAGGUCCUCAGCCAGAGAGGAGUCCCGCUGGUCCAGUGUCCAGCUGAGGCUGAUUGGGAAAUAGCAUGUUUAGCUCAUCAGUGGAACUGCCCAGUUCUGACCAAUGACAGUGACUUUUAUAUCUUUGACCUGCCAGGUGGUUACCUGCCACUCAGUUUUUUCCAGUGGACCAACCUUAACGGUAAAGCCUCUCACCGCUAUAUCUCGGCUCGGUGUUACACCACUAACGGGCUGUGUCGCUGGUUUGGGGGCAUGAACCAGGAGUUGCUACCCUUAUGUGCCGUCCUGACCGGUAAUGAUUAUGGCGCUCCAAAAGAUGCUGACACACUUCUGGGUCUGUUAGAUGUGAGUGCAUUAGGGAGAGGUGGUGGCAGGGGUAAAGGGAAAGCACCCACGUCCCGGAUUGAGGGUCUCCUCCUCUGGCUGUCCUCUUUUUCAAGUCCAGCGGAGGCCCUGGAGGAGGUGAGCAGGCUAAUGGGGGAGGAAUGCAGAGGUGGAGGCGGUAGGGGCAAGAAAGGACAGAUAGGUGGGCUCAGUUCACAGCUGUGGGCAGGUAUGCAGGAGUACCACAUCACCCCUCAAAGCUCUCUGGCUCGCUGGUUCUCUGGAGAUAAGGUAGCUCCUGGAGGGCGGACCUCUGGGCUCGCACAGCUGCCAGAGUGCCUGUCGCAGGCUGCAGCGCAGGGACAGUUAGCUCCCUUGGUGGUAGAUGCUAUGGUGAUGCGCAGGGUUCUGCUCCUCCCACAGGUGGAGAACAGCAAGCUAGCCAGCAGCCACUACAUCGCCAGAUUCAUACGCCAGGCUGUAUAUGGAAUAUUACUGCAGAGAGGCCAAGAUGUCCAAGCACGGGAUGUGAGGGUACAAGAAAACAUCAGCCAGGGUACGAGAGGUGGGAGAGGGCGAGGGGGAAGGGGGUACAGAGGUGCUCAGGUUGGUGGAGGUAGGGGUGUAAAUGUAGGAUUUAACAUUGAACACGCAGCCGUCGCAGGUACAGUGCAGGCUCAGGGCUCAGGUGCCCUCGUGUGUGUAGAGGAGUAUGACCGUCUGGAUGUGAACUUGAAGAAAAACCAGGUAGAGGCACAUCCCCCCAGAACCCCCCUACGUCUGGAUACACUCAGCCAGGCUCCUGUGGCAGUUCGUCUUGGUGUCCUGUUCGAAGUCUUGGGGAUGAAGGAGUCCACCCUGACUUCUGUUCCUCUCCACCUGAGGCUGGCAGUAGCAGUGACGGGUUUCUGGCUGCGAGAGGCCAUACCAACACCCUCACGGUCCCAGCUCCAAGCUUUGGUGCUGGGCAUGGUUUACGGAGAGCUGUCCUGGAACAACCAGCCUGGAGGUACCCACUACUAACAUGCCGGGUAGUUGUGUUGUACCUUUUGUUUUGUUCCACA